CAUGGGAACUGCUCAGCUCUGACACACGGAACCAGAAACAGCACAGAGUGAGACUGAGUAGAAGAGAAAAGUUUCACUUUGAUAAGUGCAGUGCUGAAAGUGUCUCCGUUCGGCUGAUUCACAUCAGCGGCAGCGUUGGAGAUCCAGCGGUCUGACAGCUCAGGGAUCCCCAGUGAGAAGAGCGAGCACUCCGGCCAAAGGGGGUGUACGAGGUGUGUGAGGUGCAAUGCCGCUGUGCUCUGAGGCCUGUGUCUCCGGCUCAGGAGGAGAAUCCUCCGGGAGUGAGGCAGGCUCCGGCUGUCUGCAGUUUGGGGUUCGUUCCUAUCUGCACCACUUCUAUGAAGAGUGCUCGUCCUCCAUGUGGGAGAGAGACCCGGAGGGCCGUGGGUUCGUCCACAGCCAGAGGUCAUCCGUGUGGUGGAACUCAGCAGUCUGGAAGGUGUCCACGGCCCUGGGUCUCCUGAUCCUGACUGCAGGCGUUGCCAGCCUGUCAGUCGGUUACGCCACUCCCCAUAAAAUUGAAUCAUUCGGAGAGGGGGACCUGUUCUUCGUGGACAGCCAGGCCGUCAACUUCAACAGGGGGCUGCACUUCAGCACCGCGGCCGGCAUCGGGCUCUCCUGUCUCGGCUCGGCCCUGGCGGCGAUGGGGGUGGUCGCUUGGAUCCUCCCUAAGGCCAACUGGAAAGAGAGGCUGUUCCACAGACCGGGGGAAGGGGGAUGGGAGUUGGGGUCAAAGCGGAAGGAAUUUAGAGAACCCGGGGAUGUGGUCAUUAAGCCACCAGGUAGAGAGAAGAGGAAGAUACCCGUCUCACUGUCCAAAGUGGAAACGGUGCAGUCCACUUCUUAAAAAAAGAUCCCCCCCUGCCGAGCUACUUGGUGUACAGGCUUUAGUUCUCUCGCCUCUUUGACCAGGUCUUCGUUUUGUUGUUGAAGGAAACGAGUAAUUUCUGCAUGCAAACUGUUAACAUGGAGCUUGUUUUGUGAGUUGGCUUUUACAGUUAGACAUAAAGCUCUGCGACCGUAGUCGGGAAGAAGAUAUAUCUCCCUCGAAAUGUAAUUGAGAAUCCAGUUUAGUUCAGAGACGGAGUUCAGAAGGAGUCGAUGGUAUGAAUAUGUCGAGCUAAUGAGCUAACUGACGGUUAGCAAACACAUUAGCGUGGUGAGCUUUAUUUGUCCCUCGUCAAUAACCUUUUAUUGAGCGAAGUGUUGCACAAUGGUGGAGAACAUACCAGCGAGAGCAAACUGUAGAGAGAAAACAGAGAGAAGCUCUGGGAGUAGAAGCCAAGUAGCACAACUUUAUCUAAAUCCAUCAUUAAAAUGUCAACCAGAGACCUGUUGGUUCUCUUACUGCAGAACAGAUGUUGAACUGUGUGUGUGCACUAGUGUUGCAUUUUAAAAAUACAGUGACAUCCACCUAUAGACUCAAAGACUAAAUGAUGGUAAAAAAUUAUAUGAUUGUACCUCCCACUUGAUAAUGGCUGGCUCUGUCUGAGUAGUUAGACACAUAUGGAUCCUUUGUUUCCACACACACAUACACACACACACACACACAUACACACACACACACACACACACACACACGUAGCCUUCACACACAGGACGUUCAGGAAGCUGCUCGCGUGCAGAAGAAGGUUAAGGAUGAUAAGAGAAAGAAACAAUUAUGUUUCUACAUUUUCACACAUCUCCUCUAAUGUAUUUAACACAUGUACAAUCACAUGCACUUGCACUCGCCCACACAUAUUCAUGCUCCAUUGACAAUAUCACCUAUUUCCUCCCCACUGUAAUCUGGCUCUGUAAUUGCCUGCGAUGUGUCUCCAGGCAACAGUUGGGCUUCAAGUGCUCAAUUUUCAACUCCGGAAAAAAGCCUCUUUUCUGAUUGGCCCGGUGCCUCUCCUCUAUUUAUUUUCACACCAAUCAAAUGUUUUGUUUACGGGCAUACACAGCGAGUGGUGGAGCGGCACCUUAGAGGCCACCUGUUAGAUUACGUCCUCCAGAGUCUGAAUAGCAACGAGUACAAGGUAGAAUUCUGCAAAGCAUGAUGUCCUGAUGCCACUGGGUGUUAUUGUUGAUGUCUCAUUGUUUUAGUGUGGAUAAGAUGAAGAUAAUGGAAUAAAAUCAAUGGCAUAAAUAAACUUGUUGUAUGGAUA